GAAAAGCUUCCUAAGCUUCAGUUAAAUUAAAAAAAAGCUGUGAAAUGAUCUACCAGUAAAUAAAAUUACCAGUUAAAAUGCAUGUUAAUGCAUCGGAGCAUUUCCACAUCCGGAUAUAGACUGACAGUCACGGUUGUCCAGCUGAGCUCCAGCCCACCCGUAGUUACCUGCACCGCUCCCGGUUAUCCUUACGCUGCCGUAACUUAAAGGCCUACCACAAAAAAGCAUGCAGGCAGUGUUUUGGCUCUGCCCGGCCGGAGAGAAGGGCUUCGUGUGUCCCUCAAUCGACGGCGCAGACGAAUCUCUAAGCAAGUUUCUAUUCUUCUCUGUGUUGUUGUAAUGUGGUACUCAUCCCUCGUAGCUUCAGUAUCUUUGAAAAAAUAAUAAUAUAAUAAUAAUAAUUAUAGCUUUAGUGCUGAGUAUAGUGUUGAUUAGAUCAGUGGUGCUCUGCUUUAGUCAGCGAAGACGUUAGUGCGAGUGGAACGUCGACGACGGUCAAACAAGAGCGACUGUUUGUGUUGGCAUUUGCUUCCACCGUUGACAGAAACAGAAAUUAAUUUUAAAAGAAACUGCGCACGAAUUGUUACGGCUUGCGCUACGUUGCUUAGCUCUUUCUGGCAUUCAUAAAGAGGAUCAUCACAGUGAGUUUGUGGCGUUGCUCAUCACAAGGCAGUGAUCACCUUGGGAUUCAGUCGCAGCCGACAUGGUUGCCAUACCGAAAAUAGUGCUCAAAUCUCAGACUCGAAUGACCCUGAAUGAAAGGUUCACCCAGUACAGUGAGCAGCAGCAUGCGCGUGUUCAAAUGUUGAGGAAUGAUCUUCAUACACGAAUUACAGAGGACGCCAUUCGCAGAAACGGAGGUGCGGACACUGCAGAAUUAUCUCGAAAAUUGGACAACCUACAAAGAGUCAUUGAAAGUCAAAUUAGGCGAAAAUCACCAUCUCCGCAACCACCUAGAAGAAGCAAUAGGUACUCUCCAGAACCUCACAGAAUGGCUCCUACUUAUGGGCGAUGUAGCGAAGGAUACGGAGAGAGUAUGAUUGUGCCCGACUAUCGUGCGUUACUGUAUCAUGGAGGAUCGGGCGGUUCUGGGGGCGGAAGUAAUGGUGGAAGAAGUGGAAGCGGAAGUUCGUGGCGAGAGUACAGUGGAGGAGCACAGGGUGGCCGUAAAAGUCGAUAUGAUCUCACAUAUGGUGACGUCAUUCAAGGCGGUCAUCGAGACUAUGAUGCGCCUUCAUCAUCUUCGUUAUAUGCCGAUACACUGGAUCGAGUACCCGUAACACGUCGACUAGAUAGUCAUACCAACCCGAAGCGUGAAUAUCGAGAUUACUGGCCAAGUACGAGACCACGCGGAGACUAUAGAGGUUACAGUGGAAGGCAUGGCGGUUAUGGAGGAAGGUCUCGUGCAGGUACUAGCCCUCGAACAUAUGCUGAUCAGAGAGGCAGGAGCGGAGCUCGAGAUAAUAGCAAACGGAAAUACGAUAAUCCUUUAAUGAGAGACUCAUCUGGUUCAGAAAAUGACAAUAAUGAUGAUGAUGAUGAGUGGGUUGACCAAGAUGUGUUUAAAAAGCGGCAAAGCGGUGGUAUCAAGAGUCGCCUCGGAGUCCGAAGCAGACCACCAUUUAAGAACAGCGGAGGCGGUUACAAUUUCGCUGGAUUUGGAAAUUUAUUCGUGAAACGAGCCAGGGGAGGUGGUCGCGGUGGACGGGGAUUUAACAGGGGAGGAGGAGGAGGCGCAGGACCAGGAGGUACUAAUCGUCCACAACGGUCGCGAUCCUUUACGCGUCCAAUGACACGCAACAGUGGAGGUGGCGCGGUGGCACGUUCGAGGUCGCAAGGUCGACCUGCGAUUACUAAGGAGGAUCUCGACAAAGAAUUGGAUGAAUAUCAUCGUAAAAAGGGUCUUACUGAUGAGGCUACCACGAUGCAGGUUGACUCCUGAAUAGAAAAGGCAAAACAAAUUUGUCGGCAAAGCGCAAUGUCAAUCUCGACUCUGUUGUCGCGAUGUAUUUAAACAAUAUACACCUUUUAUCAGAAUAUAAUGAAUAUUUCCAUAUAAUAAAUCUCUACAGAUAUAUUCAGGUAUAACCUACGUCACCAAGCCGUUUAGAUCUGGAGAAACUCCGCUUUGAGGCAUUCUGCUCUUCUUUAGCGAAAAAUAUUCUUCUGAAAAGAAACGUUUAUAAAAAUUAGGCUCAAACUAGCUUGAACGUGUUUUAUUAGAUCUCGAAUCGCUUUGUAAGAGUUCAGUAUAUAUUCAUAUCUGCUAGCUGAACAUAGCGGUAGGCGGCACUGUAAUUUAAGAAUAUAGAAUAAGCAAUGACUAAAUAGUGUUUGUGAGUGGAUGUGAAAGGGUGCGGUCGAUAAUUUAUUGUAUUAAAAAAUUUAUUGAGUGAAUGUUAGCUGGAGAAAAAGCCUCGUUCGUUCAUUGAAUCGCGACUUCGUAGAAUUCAGAAUCCAGUUUGUCAAACAACUUAUAAAAGAACUUAACCGAACGCUACGCAUAGUACAUGAAAGGGGUGAACAUCUGGCACCUGCAACCCUAUGCUGACCUUUUUACGAAAAAUACGUUUGUACCUUGAUAACAAAUGAUGAUGACUAGUAAAAAAAAAUAAGCUAUAUCUUUAUAGAGCACAACGACGGCAACCCUUUCGUGGUAGGAUACGUAGGUUUUUCCCUUCGUGGAAUUAAAUGUCAGAAACUAUUUUGCUUGAUUAAACUUAGCCGUGUAACUCGGUUGUUGAAGAAGUUUUCACUGAUGAGUGACUCAUGCGUUCAGACUGUUAUCGAAAAAUCCCCGGUCAUAUAAAAAAAAUAUUAACGGACCUGCAGUAUCAGGUUGAUUAUAGGUAAUCCGUAACAACAUAUAUUAUAAUUUACCUUGUAACUGAUAUGGAUCAUUUAAAUGACUACUAUUGUAAGUGGGUUUUGCUUGAUUAAGCGAUACAGCAUUAGUAGUUGUGUAUUCACAAUAGUGAAUUCACUUUGUAUAUGAAAGACAAGAGACCGGCCAAUGAUUGUCAUGAAAGAAAUGCUGGGUUAAGUGUAUACUGAAAUAAAUGUGUAUAUACAGAUUUCACUAGC